AUGAACAAGUGUGGUGGUUUGCCACUUGCUCUGCAAGUGGUCGGUGCGGCCAUGCCUAAAACAAAUACUGUCCAAGACUGGGAAGCCACUUGUAUCAAAGAGCUUCCAAAGGACAUCAAAUGUUUAGUUAAUUUGCAAUACCUAAAUAUUUCAGACACAAUUAUCUCGUCACUUCCAAAGGAGUUGGUAUAUUUGAAGAAAUUGCAGUAUCUGAUAUGCAGAGAUUUGACUGGUCUUGGCAAGAUAGAGGAAGAUCUCAUGUCAAGAUUACAGAAGUUGAAGGUCAUUGAUGUAUUUCCAUCAGGGUGGGUAGACCUGGAAGCGUUAAAGAAAUUGAAAAAACACAACAGCAUCAAAGGAAUAGGUAUGCGUGUAGUAUCAAAAGAGGUUCUCCAACAACUCUCAUGUUUGCCAACUACUCGGCUUUAUCUAGCCAAUGUGGAUAACUUGAUCUCUCUUUCAUUUGAUACUUUAAGUUGCAAAAAUCAUGGAUUAUUGCAGUCACUAUAUAUUGAAUCAUGCCCACAGCUUGAGCAGAUUGUGAUGAAUGGAAGUAGGAGUCAUCUCAAUGACCUCAAAAUCCGUAAUGUCAAAAAACUGCAGAACAUUAUUUGGAGAGAUCUAUCGCCUCCAGAUUUUUUUCAUGUGUUGAAGGUGUUAUAUAUAUGGGAAUGUAAUUUGGAUAAUUUAGCUUGGCUCCUGCAUCUCCCAUGUCUAUCUUUUUUACAUAUAAGAGAUUGUGCAAAUAUAGAAACGUUGUUUUACAUCGAGGAGGAGAGAGAAAUCCAACAACAAGAAGUCUCUGAACACUGCCCAACAUUCCCUGCAUUGAAAUUUCUACUCAUAAAAAAGCUACCAAAAUUAGUGAGCAUAAGCAAUUUUGCAUUGGAUUUCCCUCAACUUUCACGGCUUUUAGUGUAUGAAUGUCUUAAUCUAAAGAAGUUACCAUUCAAGAGUGGCAUUAACAACAACAAUCAAAGAAUACUCAUUGAUUGUGAGAGAGAAUGGAGGGAAAGCUUAGACUGGGAUGAUGCCACCAUCCCAUCUCACCUUCGGCCACGUUUCAAAACGGAUGAGAACCCUAAUGAAUGCUCGACUAGUGGAAGUAAAUGAAAGGUCUUUGAGUUUUUCUAU